AUGAAUCCUCCUGAUGAAUUCGAUGAUAAUGAUGUCGAUGGUGAUGAUGAUGAUGAUGCACCAGUAGAAGUGUCGAAAAAAAUUGCCGAACAUGAAGCACGUGAAAAUUUUAAACAAGAAAAAAUUGCUCAAAAUUUUAUCGAAGAAAAAUUAAAACAAAAACGACGUCGUGAAUUGGAACGAAAUGUUGAGCAGAAAAAAUUGAAAAUUGAAAAAUUACCCGAAGAUUUUCUUGAAGAAAUUGAAACAGAAUUUUCAACAGUGGAAGCUGAAAAAUCCGACACAAAUGUUGUUGAUCCAAACAUUUUGAAGAAGAAUAAACGAGAAAAGAAAAAAUUGGCCAAAACCAAAACAUUGACCACUCAAGCAACAAAAUAUGAAAUUUUAUCAUUAGAUGAAUUGAAUAAAACGGCUAAACCACCAAUUCAACAAACAACAGCAUGUAAUUUUCGUGAACAAAUUCUAUUCGAUAAAUCAAGAAAACGUCGAUUAACAUCAAGAAAAAUUAUAUCGAUAAGUGAGAAAAUUCGAGCUUCAAGAAAAUAAUUUGAUUUGGUUUUUUUCCAU